AUGGGCAUAGCUCCCAAGUUGAUAAUUACUGAUCAAGACUUGGGCAUAAAAGUUGCUGUUGAAAAAGUUCUUGUGAAUACACGUCACAGAUGGUGUACGUGGCACAUCAUGGCAAAAGUAGCUGAAAAGGUUCCUAAGUCACUUCUGGGUAAUUAUGAAUUUAAAAAGGAUUUGAAUUCAUGCGUUUGGUCUGAGUUGAUUGAACCCACCGAGUUUGAAGACAAGUGGAAGACUGUUAUGGAGACAUAUGAACUUGAAGGCGCUGAAUGGUUCGUUUCUAUGUUCGAAUCAAGAAAGUUUUGGGUUCCUGCAUACUUUAGGGACUUCCCUAACAGUUCUUUGAUAAAGACGACUUCUGUUUCGGAAUCUCAGAAUAGUUUUUUCAAGAGGUAUACUCAGUCCAGGGCUAACCUUGUUGUGUUUUUAAUGAAUUUCAACAAUGUUGUUGAUGCCCAAGGAAACCACUCCGCAAAGCUGGAUUAUAUGGAUUCUAAUACUAUCGCAAAGAUGAAAACAGAGUGGUCUCUUGAGAAGCAUGCAUCUACAAUAUUCACAGAUGGUGCAUUCAAGGAAAUUCAAGAACAGAUACUGGAGGCUUAUAACCACUGCAGCCUUGUAUCAAUAUCAAAUGAUUCAAGUCCAGAGGUUUACAAGGUUUUAGAUCAUUUUUCAAACACAUGUACUGUCACAUUCUCUAUGGAGGAUUCUGUGUGUCAAUGUGGUUGUAAGAUGUUUUCUAGGACUGGUCUUGUAUGCUGCCACAUCUUCCUUGUGUUGAAGAACAAAAAGAUGCGCUUGAUUCCUGAGAAUCUGAUUGGAGGUCGAAUGUUGAAAUCUCCUCUGGUUAAGGCUGUUCAUGUCGUCCAAUGCCAAGAUGUAGCAACACAUGUUUAUGUUGAUGAGAAGAAGAAGGCACAAGCAAUUUUGUUGGGAGAGAUGUUGGGUCGAUACCAGGCUGUAUCUGUCGAUAUUGAUCAAAUUCAUGAGCUGACAUCUAUAGUUCGUGAAGCAAGACAACAGAUUUUUGCCGAUGGCAUAGUAACAUCUACAGCCCAGAAGAAGAAACUAAUGGAGGAAUUUUAUGGGGCUGAGGCACCCCAGGAAGUAGAUGUUCAACCACCUGAAGUCAUCAACACGAAGGGAUGUGGUAGUAGACUCCCCUCAAGAGUGGAGAAGGCUUUGAAGCUUAAGAGAAAGCCUUUGCGUCAAUGCAAGAAAUGUCAGAAGUGGGGUCACCACGAUUCAAGGAAUUGCGACAAAUUCGAAGAGAAAGAAAAGCGGCGGUCUAGAAGAAAUUCUGAAGUUUGA